AUGUCGUUCCGCAUCCCAUCAUGGCUGAGCUGGUACAAGAAGCCAGAGUAUCGCGACAUCAGGGAUUAUGCCACCAGCAUUAGCACGGGCAAGCGCCCCAUGAGCCCUGACCGCCAUGGCGGCAUCCCUUCUCGUCUGCGCCUCGAGAGGAUACUUGCCAAUAAAACCUGCAGUCCCAUGUCCCUGUAUGACUUCUACAUGUACCUCAAGUACAUUGAGUUCUCGGCCGAGAACUUGGAGUUCUACAUCUGGUUCAAGAAUUAUGAGGCAGCUUGGGAGAAGGGUCGGCUCAACGUCGAUGACAAGAAUUACGGAGCUCUCCCUUCCGCCGGCUACUCGAGCUCGUCUGUCUCUCGCAUCAAGGCUGGUGACAGUCUGGCAAACCGAAAUUCCAAUGAUGAUGACGGCAGCGAUAACGAGCAGGAGGAUACCCUCGACCUGGAAGCCGCCCGGGCUGCCCUCAAUCGCAUCUCCUUCCUGAUCCCUACGACUGCCGCCUGCGGCGGCUCCUGUGCCUUCCCUCCCCCGCCCCCAACGCCCCCCAAUGGCAACGCUCGCUCUAAGCUAUCCCGCUCCCAGUCUACGUCGGCAAGCGAAACCACCUCGCUCAAGGUCCCCGAGCCCUCGCGUACCCGUCCCCUCUCCGAAGACCUCGAAGUCAUCAAGAACCUCUUCCUGCUCCCCAACUCCCCCAAGGAACUAAACAUCCCCCCAGCCAUGCGCGCCCAAGCCCUCGCCGACCUCCAGCGCACACAGCAUCCCUCGGCCCUGCGUCCCGUUGCCGACUACGUUUACUCGCUCCUUCGCAACUGCUCGCAUCGGAACUUUAUUCGUCUCGGCGUCGGCAACGGCACCUUCGAGACGGUGUGUGUCGCCACAGUCCUGGGCUGGCUGAAUCUACUCUGCGGCUUCCUUGUCGUCUUCGUGCGGGCGUUUCACCCCUUCCGUGGCGCGCACACGAGAUGGGAGGCGUGGGCGCCGUGGCCGCUCUGGUGGCUUGGCAUGACGUUGGUGUUGAGCGGGUUGCGGGGAAGCUGUUUCUUUCUGUUGCUCUUCUCUCGGAGGCAGCCUUUGCCGUGGGAGAGGGUUGGUGAGGAUGCUGAGGGGACCAUGGUGAAUAAGGAUAGCAGGAGGAGGUCGGGCCAAGGAGGCGGAAUGAAGGAGAAUAAGCGACUGGCAAAGGGGUUUACGGCCCAGUUUGAACGGUCCCCAAUCCCAGUUGUUGUUGACUCGGGCUUGUCAUCCUCCAACGCUAUGGGUGGACAGAGCCUUAUCGCCGGCGCCGCCGCGCUGGCUAUGCUUGCGGCUCCAGCGCUUGCUCAGUCGUCAGGCACUAGUCAGCUAUGGCAUCAAUGUGGCGGGAUUAAUUACAAUGGGCCAACGCAAUGCCCUUCUGGGUCGUAUUGUCAGGCCUGGAAUGACUGGUAUCGCACCCUCGACAAGCUCGACGAGCACCUCGGACACCCCGACCGAGACGAGCUCGUCUUCAGCGACGUCGAGCACCAGCACGAGCAUCUCCAUUUCGUCAGCUAUGACGAUCUCCCCGGUUGUAACCACUUCAAGCUCAUCGACGACGUUGGUCACCUCAACUCGCACGACAUCAACCAGCAUCGCCCCCGCACCCACCAGCACCGACGGCUGCGAGAUCCAGUACCUAAUUACUUUGCUUCGACAUCACCGGCACGAAGCCAUCCCCCGGCAACCCGCUCGGUAACCCCCCCUCUCCCCGGCUGGACUGCCUCGGGUGGCUAUAACUGGGUCGGCUUCCUGACCGCAGAAUUCAACGCCUCGACCUUGCUCACCUACAACUACGCGUACGGCGGUGCUACAACCAACGCCUCCAUCGUCGAGCCCUGGCGUCCCGACGUGCUAAGCUUUGUCGAUCAGGUCGCACAGUUCAGCGAGAGCAUCGCCAGCCAUCCAGAGUAUGCCCCCUGGACGUCGGAAAAUGCACUGUUUGGUGUGUGGAUGGGCGUGAAUGAUGUGGGAAACACGUGGUGGAAGGAGGAUUAUGAGGAUAUCGUGGAGAGAAUCAUGGAUAGUUAUUUCAGACAGUUGCAGAUCCUUUACGAUGCUGGCGCUAGGAAGUUCGUGCUGUUGGGCGUUCCUUCCAUCCACCGGACGCCCGCUAUGCUCGGAGAAUCUGCUGAAGUCCGCGCCAUGGAGCUCCAGGCGAUCAAGAAGUACAACACGGCCAUUGCCAGGCGCCUGGAGGAAUUUACGGCGCAGAACAGCGGAGUGACGGCCAAGAUUGUUGACACUUUGGGCCCCUUCGACACUGCUCUCGACAAUCCGACUGCCUAUGGCGCCCCGGACAAUGAGUGCUACAACAGCGAUGGAAUGUCGUGUCUGUGGUUCAAUGACUACCAUCCGGGCGUGCUGAUUAACAGGUUGGUUGCGAAGGCCGUUGCAGAGGCUUGGAGUGGAGAGUUCUUUGUUUGA